AUGCCGCACUGCAUUUUUUUUGAAUGUGCUGCCAGAAAUGAUGAGAAACUAUUUUGGAGGUAUGAAGUAGCGGCUGGUUUUCGUAUGUGUGACAUUAUAUGGAGUGAUGGUCGAAGACAGGAAGAUUAUGAGGCGUUCGGUGAUGUCCUCGCCUUUGAUGUGACCUAUGGGAGGAACAAGUAUAACCUUCCUGUCAUUGUUUUAUCCGGGGUUAAUCACCAUAAUCAAACAUGCGUGUUUGCAGUAGCAAUGGUUUCAUGUGAGUCACAGGAUUCGUACAAAUGGGUGCUGAGACGUUUUCUGGAAUGCAUGCGGGGAAAGGCCCAGAAGGCAGUUAUAACUGAUGGGGAUCCUUCUAUGAGGCUAGCUAUUAUGCAUGUUUUUCCAGAUGCUCAUCACAGACUUUACGUGUGGCACCUACUAAGGAAUGCCACUGCUCAUGUCUCACAACCACGUUUCACCCAAUUAUUCAAAUAG